AAAUAUUUACGGAAGCAGAAAGGACCUCUGUUGCCAAAUGAUUUGUGCUAGGGCCGAGUCUGUCUACGGGAUAUUCUGUGGUUAGUGGUAAACAUGGUAGCAUAACAAUUCAAGUUUUAAUAAGUGUUAUACGGUCUUAACACUUUUUCCACUUGCUGUUUUAACUCCAGUAAGCUGUGACGUCGAACUACACUUCCACCGUUUAAAUCACCAAGUCAUAACUAACGUCAGCUAGCCAUUUCCAUCAGAGCGAUAGCCGGCAACGAGAUGAUAUUGACUAACUUUGCUGUGUAGAAAAGAGCAGAGGGGCAUACCCAGAAAAUAUAUUAUUUAUGAAUAUUUUCGAAAAGCGUUGUUGUUUGGUGUUCUUCCGGAAUGGCAGACGAAGCUCUUUUCCAAUUUCUCCACAAUGAAGUCAUUCAAUAUGUGUACAAAUCAGCUGAGAAUGGAGAGAUGGAAAAUGGGAGAUGUAUCACCAGACUGGAAAACAUGGGAUUUAGAGUCGGACAAGGACUCAUAGAAAGAUUUACAAAAGAUACUGCACGCUUCAAAGAUGAACUUGACAUCAUGAAGUUCAUCUGCAAGGACUUUUGGACCAGUGUCUUUAAAAAGCAAAUUGACAACCUGAGGACAAAUCACCAGGGUAUUUAUGUGCUUCAAGACAACAAAUUCCGUCUACUUAAUCAGCUGUCUGCGGGCAAACAGUAUCUGGAACACGCUCCAAAGUAUUUGGCGUUCAGCUGUGGCCUGGUGAGAGGGGGGCUCUCCAACCUUGGAGUGAAAAGUAUUGUCACAGCAGAAGUAUCUGUCAUGCCUGCAUGUAAAUUCCAGGUCAUGAUUCAGAAGUAAAGAAAGUGAAGUGGACACUCCAUCCAAUAUAUAUCCAUAGAUACAUUGAUCAUCCUUGUUGCCUCUCUGUUGGUUUUAAAAAGGAAGUUUAAAGUAUUCCUGCAUGAAAUUACUGUUAUGAUCUAUUUUGUGUCUUUCUUUCAGUAUGUUUUAUUGUUACAUUAACUGUAAUCAGUUAUGGUUUAUUAAUUUUCUUGUUAAGAGUACUGUCAACUGAUUUGACAUCCAUAAUUAUGUUUGCACUGAAUAUUCACUAAUAGCCUAUGAUUGCACACAGUUAAGGAUUGUGUUAUUGUAAUGGUCUUGUUGAAAUCCCUUAAUAGUUUUGUGGUAUUGGGAUAGUAACACACACAUUAAAUACACAUCCAGAUA